AUGGCAAGCUGGUUUUUUGAGCCGAUUAUGUCAAAGGUGGGGGAAAUAAUAUCGGGUGAUGCACACAACUCUGUGAAAAGUAUAAAGGACUUUGAGCUCAAUCUAAAAGCUCUGGAGAAAAAGUCAAAGUCAUUGUGUGCUAAGGCAUCUGAUGUUGAGGAGCAAAUCAAGAACUCAGAGCUUUCUGGUCGAAAGAAAAGGAAGCGUGAGGUUGAGGAGUGGUUGGAACAAGUCAGGUCCAUUGAAAAGAAAGUUGUUGAGUUGAGGACUCGAGUGGAAUUGGAAGGAUUUACUUUGAGAUUGAAGGAAGGAGGAGUACCAGCUAAACUAAUUGAGGAGGUUGAUACGCUUGUCGAGCAAAGUCGGAAUUUUGGUGAACUUGCAGUUGAUGUUUGUGGAAGUAGGGGAGAUCAGUUGUUGACAAAUGGGAUGGUUGGUGAAGCUUUUAAUGAAAAUUUGGAAAUGAUUUUGAAACAUUUGGAGAGUGGGAAAGUGUCGAGCAUUGGUGUUUAUGGUAUGGGCGGUGUGGGAAAAACAACACUGGCAAAGCACAUUAACAAUCGACUCCUCCAACACUCUCAGGGACGUGUGAUUUGGGUUACAGUCUCCCAAGAAUUUAGUGUUACAACUUUACAAGAUAAAAUAGCUCGAUUCAUAGGUUUGGACUUUGGGGGUGAGGAUAAUGAAGAAUUAAGGGCGGCAAGACUCAAUACAACUUUGUCUCGGAUGAAGAAUUCAGUGCUGAUAUUAGAUGAUGUGUGGGAAAAUAUUGAUCUAUCAACGGUUGGAUGUCCCAAUUCUGUUGAGUGUUGUAGGCUUAUUAUAACUACUCGCUCCUCAGAAGUGUGUCGUCAAGUUUGUUGCCAAAAACUGAUUGAAGUGAAAAAUCUACAUCUUCAUGAGGCAUGGGAAUUGUUUAAGGAAACUCUAAGAAAUGAGAGAGAACUUGAUUUUUCGGUAGAAGAGAUUGCCAGAUCUGUGGCAAAAUUGUGUGCUGGUCUGCCCCUAGCAAUUGUUACAGUAGCUGGAAGCAUGAGGGGCGAGACAGCUAUUCAUACAUGGGAAGAUGCUUAUGUAGAACUAAGAGAGCGUGUCUCGGGGAAUGGUGGCAUGGGUGACGGUAAUGUUUAUAAGGUAUUGAAAUAUAGUUUUGAUCGGUUGAAUAGGAAUCAUCAAAGUCAGAGAAAUGAUUUCAAUACGUUACAACAUUGUUUCCUGCAUUGCGUGUUGUAUCCUGAAGAUGAAGAAAUAACGAGAGACCGUUUGGUUAGAGAGUUCAUUUCAGGAGGGUUGUUGAAUGAAAGAAAGACAAGAAGAGCACAAGUUCAGAAAGGACAUUCCAUAUUGGAUAAAUUAGUGAAUGUGUGCUUAUUGAAAAGGUGCGUGAAGAUGCAUGAUCUUGUAAGAAGUAUGGCAUUGAAGAUAUGUGAGGGGAAAUAUAUGGUAAGAGCAGGUGAUUGGUCUUUGAAGGAAAUUCCCAAAGAAGCAGAAUGGGCAAAGGAUCUGGAGAAGGUGUCCUUUAUGAAAAGUGGCAUAACGAGAAUUGAAGAUGGAAUAUCUCCCGAUUGUCCUAAGCUCUCUACAUUGCUUUUACGGGAUGAUGUGUAUUUGGUGUUUAUUCCAGAUUCGUUCUUUUCUAAAAUGCAAGGACUAUGCGUUCUUGAUUUGAGCUUGACUAACAUAACAAUGCUGCCAAACUCAAUCUGUGCCAUGAAGAGCCUCAAGGCAUUGCUCCUUGAGUCGUGUCGUAAGCUAGAAGAUGUUCCAAACUUGGGAGAGAUGAAAGAACUCAGGGAGUUAAACCUGUCGAAUGCAGCGAUCAAGGAAGUCCCUCAAGGUGUUGGGGAAUUAUUCAAUCUCAAAUUCCUCGCAAUGAAUGUGCGUAAGUUGAAGAUGCUUCCAAGAGGAUUGUUUCUUAAACUUGGGAAUCUUCAGCACUUGGAAUUACCAUUGCAUAUAGAAGUAGAAGUUGAAGAAAUUAAGAAUCUGAAACUGCUAGAGGAGUUUAUUGGAAGAGUGGAAAAUGUGAAAGAUUUGAAGUGUUUGAUUACAAGUUGGGGAAGUCGGGUGCGUGACACUUGCUACACAAUAAGAGUGGGAUCGUAUGGCGGCUAUAUAUUCAAUAAAAGAGAAGGAAUAUGUCAUACUAAAGAGUUGUUCUUGUUGGAGUGCAACCUUGAAGAUGAGAGAGUAUUAGCAGAGGGAAUUGUGCAGCAAUGUGAGGGUCUGGGCAUAUACUUUGUGGAAGGAUUGAAGAGAUUGAGAAUUCAAAGAUGUGAAGGAAUAGAGUACAUUUGGAGUGAGGCAGGAUUAUCAUCUCAAAUGUCUGCUCUUGAAGAAAUUAAACUGUAUGAAUUGGAUGCUAUGAAGGGGUUGAUCGAAAAGGGGGAAAUAGGAGCAUCAGCUGCACUUGCACAACCUGUGUUUUCGUCUCUGACAUCGCUAGUAAUUAGAAAAUGUAACAGGGUAAAGAUACCACUAUCAGGAGUUCCCAACCUCAGAUCUAUUCAUAUCAGCAAGUGUGAAGAAAUAGAAGAGAUAUUCGAAGAUGAAGGAACAAGUUCCCUCAACCACCCAAAAUUAAAAGACAUAAAGUUAGAUGAGCUGCCAAGACUGAGGAAGGUGGGGAUACUACUAUCAGGAGUUCCCAACCUUGAAGCUAUUCAUAUCAGCGGGUGUGAAGAGAUAGAAGAGAUAUUCGAAACAAGUUCCCUCACUCUCCCUAGAUUAAAAAUCAUAAGGUUAUCUGUGCUGCCAAGACUGAGGAAGGUGGGGAUACUAUCAAGUGCACCCAACCUUAAAGAUAUCGGUAUAAGAGAGUGUGAAGAAAUAGAAGAGAUAUUCGAAGAUGAAGGAACAGGUUCCCUCACCCUCCCCAAAUUAAAAAAGUUGAAGUUGGAAGAGCUUCCAAAACUGAAGAGCCUAUGCAUGGGAACAGCACCCAUCAUUUGCAACUCCGUUGAAGCUAUCUUCAUAAAAAAGUGCCCAAGAUUGAUAAGCAAACUUCCUGUGGUUGUGGAUGCGGCUGUGCCUCGACGAUGUCAGAUAGCGGUGAACCCAGAAUUGUGGGAAUCAUUGAAGUCAGACAAUCCCAACCUCUCUCUAUUUUCCGUAUCUGAUAGAUUUUUUAUUUAAUAAUGCUUUGUUCAUGUUUUGUAAUAACACUAUACAUUCCCUUUCCUUAUGCGUCAGCACAUCCAU